AGAGAGAGAUAGAGAGUGGGAGAGAAAGAGAUCCGUCUCCUGCGAUUUUUCUCUCAUCGCUUUCUUUCUUUCUCUACAAUUCUCUCUUCUCUGCGAUCGUUUCUAAAAACCCUAUCUAAGAAAACCCUAGAGCUUCGCGAUCUUCGCUGCCUGUGGAUUCCUGGCCGCGAAUUGCUCACUUAUCGUUAAAUUUCGCCCUCUUUUCUGGGGGAUUUCUGCGCACCGAUUACUUCACUCGAGUGUUUUCCAAGCCCUAUUUUCGUGAUUGAUACCUGAUCGAUUUUCGAACGUCUUGGAUCCGUCGAUUCGUCGGCUGGACAUCUAUUGCUACUUGAAUCGGCCAAUGGUUGCAUUUGGUUAAUCUUCCGCGAUGAAGUUCAAGCGUAGGAGGGCACUGGAAGUGCCUUCAAGGAUAAAACAAUUCAUCAAUAACGUUAUCGCCACACCACUAGAGAAUAUAGAAGAACCACUGAAAAGUUUUUCCUGGGAGUUUGAUAAGGGAGAUUUUCAUCACUGGGUUGAUUUGUUUAAUCAUUUUGACACCUAUUUUGAGAAACACAUUAAACCAAGGAAGGAUUUACAGCUUGAAGAUAACUUUUUAGAAUCUGAUCCACCUUUCCCAAGAGAAGCUGUUCUACAGAUUCUGCGAGUGAUAAGAGUAAUUUUGGAGAACUGCACCAAUAAGCAUUUUUACAGCUCCUAUGAGCAUCACCUAUCAUCUCUUCUUGCUUCCACUGAUGCUGAUGUUGUGGAGGCUUGCCUGCAGACUUUAGCUGCAUUUUUGAAGAAGUCCAUUGGAAAAUACAUUAUAAGAGAUGCUUCUCUGAAUUCAAGACUAUUUUGUUUUGCCCAGGGGUGGGGGGGUAAAGAAGAAGGCCUUGGUCUGAUCUCCUGUAUCUUGCAGAACAGCUCUGACCCAAUUGCUCUUGAGUUGGGCAGGGCUUUGCAUUUUGAAUUUUAUGCUAUCAACAACUCUUCAAAUGAACCCCCUUUAUCUGGACAUCAGACACAGGGCUUAGAAAUUAUACACAUUCCUGAUGUCAAUGCAAGAAAAGAGACUGAUCUUGAACUCCUGAAUAAGCUGGUUGUAGAGUAUAAGGUCCCUACUAACUUGAGAUUUUCACUUUUGACAAGGUUACGGCUUGCCAGGGCCUUUCACUCUUUGGAGGCUCGGCAGCAGUAUACAUGCAUUCGACUCUAUGCUUUCAUUGCUCUUGUUCAAGCAUGUAGUGAUACAGAGACACUAGUUUCUUUUUUCAAUACGGAGCCUGAGUUCAUCAAUGAAUUAGUUACCAUGUUGAGCUACGAAGAUGUGGUGCCUGAAAAGAUUCGCAUAUUAUGUCUUCUUUCUUUGGUUGCCCUUUGUCAGGAUAGAUCUCGACAGCCUACUGUAUUGACUGCUGUGACUUCUGGUGGGCAUCGGGGCAUUCUAUCUAGCCUUAUGCAGAAAGCGAUUGGCUCUGUUGUUAAUAAUUCAUCUAAGUGGUCUGUUGUUUUUGCUGAGGCUCUCUUGUCUCUUGUAACGGUAUUGGUGUCAUCAUCAUCAGGCUGCUCAGCCAUGCGUGAAGCUGGAUUUAUCCCCACACUUCUACCUUUAUUGAAAGAUACAGACCCUCAGCACUUGCAUUUAGUUAGCACAGCUGUACAUGUUCUGGAAGCUUUUAUGGAUUACAGCAAUCCAGCUGCUGCCCUUUUCCGAGAUUUGGGUGGUUUAGAUGAUACCAUUUCGCGCUUAAUGGUGGAAGUCUCUCAUGUUGAAAGUGGUACAAAGCAGCAGAGCACAUCUGUUGAUGCUGACAAUUCUGAAUGUAGCAGUUCUCAAGAAGUUUCUGAUUCUUCUGCUGAGCUUGAUACCCUGCAGCCUCUUUAUUCUGAAGGAUUGGUUUCAUAUCACCGCCGUUUAUUGAUGAAAGCAUUGCUGCGUGCUAUAUCAUUGGGAACUUAUGCACCUGGGACAACAGCACGAAUGUAUGGUACGGAAGAGAGCUUGCUCCCACAUUGCUUGUGCAUAAUAUUUAAAAGGGCAAAAGACUUUGGUGGUGGUGUCUUUUCCCUAGCAGCCACGGUGAUGAGUGAUCUAAUUCACAAAGAUCCUACCUGUUUUCCUAUCCUAGAAGCAGCAGGACUUCCUUCUGCCUUUAUAGAUGCCAUUAUGGAUGGUGUCCUUUGCUCUGCUGAGGCAAUCACGUGCAUUCCACAGUGCCUUGAUGCCUUAUGUUUGAACACCAAUGGUCUUCAGGCAGUGAAAGAUUCCAAUGCUUUGAGGUGCUUUGUGAAAGUUUUUACUUCCAAGCAGUACCUGCGAGCCCUUGCUGCUGAUACUUCAGGUUCCUUGUCUAGUGGCCUGGAUGAAUUAAUGCGGCAUGCUUCCUCAUUGCGUGGACCUGGAGUUGAUAUGCUGAUUGAAAUACUGACUAAAAUUUCAAGAAUUGGGUCUGGGCUUGAAUCACCAUCCGGGUCUGAUUCUCCAAGUUCUCAACCUGUUCCCAUGGAAACUGAAUCUGAUAAUAAAGAUGUGGUACCAAUGGAUGACCGAGAUUCAUGCAAGCCCGGUAGUUCUGAGCAACAACCAAAUGAUACUGUCUCUGAUGCAUCUUCCAAUAUCGAGUCAUUUUUGCCUGAUUGUAUAAGCAAUGCUGCUCGUCUUCUUGAAACAGUUCUUCAGAAUUCUGAUACCUGCCGAAUUUUUGUUGAAAAGAAGGGAAUUGAGUGUGUCCUGCAAUUGUUCACUUUACCACUUCUGCCUCCAUCAGUUUCUGUGGGCCAAAGCAUAGCGGUUGCCUUUAAAAACUUCUCCCCACAGCAUUCUGCAUCCCUUGCUCGUGCGGUGUGCUCUUUCCUUAGAGAACAUCUUAAGUCAACAGAGGAACUUCUGAUUUCAAUCAGAGGGUCGCAGCUUGCUCAGGUGGAACCUUCUAAGAGAACAAAUAUUUUGAAGUGUCUCUGUACUUUGGAAGGCGUCCUGUCCCUUUCCAAUUCUUUGUUGAAAGGUACGACUACUAUAGUCUCUGAAUUGGGUUCUGCAGAUGCCGAUGUGUUCAAGGAUCUUGGGAAGGCUUAUAGGGAAAUUUUGUGGCAAGUAUCUUUGUGCUGUGAGCUGAAGGUGGAGGAGAAGGUGAAUACAGAAGUGGAGUCUGACAGUGCUGAUGUGGGUCCCUCUCAUAUUGCUGGAAGGGAGAGUGAUGAUGAUGCUAAUAUUCCCUCUAUUAGAUACAUGAAUCCUGUUUCAGUCAGAAAUAAUGCUCACUCACAUUGGGGAGUGGAGCGUGACUUCAUAUCUGUGGUUCGUGGUGAGGGUUUUAAUCGUCGCAGUCGACACAGUUUGGCUCGGUUUCGAGGUGGCAGAAAUGGAAGGCAUUUGGAAGCAUUCCAAAUUGAUUCUGAAGCUGGAACAAGUAGUGCAGAGACUUCUGUUAAUGGAGCGAAGAAGAAAAGUCCAGAAAUGCUGGUUUUGGAUAACCUUAACAAACUUGCUUCAACCAUGCGCUCUUUUUUCACUGCGCUUGUGAAGGGCUUUACUUCACCAAAUCGUCGAAGGACUGAAACUGGAUCCUUGAGUUCUGCCUCAAAGAGUAUUGGUGCUGCACUUGCAAAAGUAUUUCUUGAGGCGCUGGGGUUUUCAGGGUACUCCAACUCUGCUGGAGUAGAUAUAUCAUUGCCAGUAAAGUGUCGCUAUCUUGGGAAGGUUGUGGAUGACAUGGUGGCUCUAACAUUUGAUAGUCGGCGGCGCACUUGUUUUACCAUAAUGAUUAACAAUUUUUAUGUCCAUGGAACCUUCAAGGAGCUUCUUACAACAUUUGUAGCAACAAGUCAGUUGUUGUGGACUGUGCCUUGUGCUAUUUCCACAUCAAGUGAUGAUAAUAAUGCUGAGGGGAGCAAGCUGUCUCACAGCUCUUGGUUGCUCGAUACAUUGCAGAGUCAUUGUCGUGAGCUUGAAUAUUUUGUGAAUUCUGGACCCCUACUAUCAUCAACAUCAGCAUCCCAGACGCAGCUACUUGUUCAGCCAGGUGCAACUGGUUUGUCGAUAGGACUGUUUCCUGUUCCUAGAGAUCCUGAAGCAUUUGUUAGGAUGUUGCAGUCUCAAGUUCUGGAUGUGAUACUUCCCGUCUGGAACCAUCCAAUGUUCCCCAACUGUAGCAGCAGUUUCAUCACUUCAAUCAUUUCAUUAAUAACUCAUGUAUACAGUGGAGUGAAUGAUGUGAAACAAAAUCGCAGUGGGUCAUCUGUAGCAGCAAAUCAACGCUUUAUGCCUCCCCCCCCUGAUGAAGCUACAAUUGCUACCAUUGUUGAGAUGGGUUUUUCAAGAGCAAGAGCGGAGGAGGCACUCAGAAGAGUGGAAACAAAUAGUGUUGAGAUGGCAAUGGAAUGGUUAUUUAGUCAUGCUGAGGACCCUGUGCAGGAGGAUGAUGAGCUAGCUCGUGCGCUGGCUUUAUCUCUUGGAAGUUCAGCUGAAACACCUAAAGCUGAUGGUGCUGAUAAGCCUGCUGAUGUUAUGGUUGAGGAGAAACAGGCGAAACCACCUCCUGCUGAUAACAUCCUAUCUGUAUUGAUGAAAUUAUUCCAGCGUGGAGAUUCUGUUGCAUUCCCUCUGACAGAUCUGCUUGGGACCCUCUGCAGCAGGAGUAAAGGGGAAGAGCGCACAACCGUAAUUUCUUUUCUUGUUCAGCAGCUAAAACUUUGCCCACUUGAUUUUUCAAAGGAUGGCACUGCAUUGGGUAUGAUCUCUCAUACUCUAGCAUUGCUCCUCUCUGAAGAUGGAAAUGCUCGAGAAAUUGCUGCACAAAAUGAUGUUGUCUUGAUUGCAAUUGACAUCUUGAAAAAUUUUAUGGCCAGGACAGAGGCUUCAAAAGAAUUUCAAGCCCCUAAAUCUAUCAGCGCUUUACUUCUUAUAUUGGAUAAUUUGGUGCAGCCCAGGCCAAAAAUAUAUUCUGAUGCUGAGGAGGGAAAAGUAAGUGGAUCUCUAUCCAGUACAUUGGGUAAUGAGGCAUCAGCUGGGGUAAUGGAAGAAAAAAAUGUUGCAGCUGAUGUUGACAAGGAUGAAUCUACAAAUGAUGGCUUUGAUUUUGAGAAAAUUCUUGGAAAACCAACCGGUUAUUUGACAAUGUUGGAGAGUGGUAGUCUGCUGGUGAUUGCUUGUAAUUUGAUUAAAAGACAUGUGCCCCCAAUGGUUAUGCAAGCUGCUCUUCAGUUAUGUGCUCGAUUGACUAAGUCCCAUGCCUUGGCUGUACAGUUUCUUGAAAGUGGUGGGUUGGUGGCCCUUUUUGGUCUUCCCAAAAGUUGCUUUUUUCCAGGUUAUGACACCUUAGCAUCUGCCAUCGUUCGACAUCUACUCGAGGAUCCUCAGACUCUGCAAACAGCUAUGGAACUGGAGAUUCGCCAAACUCUGGGUGGAAGCAGGCAUGCUGGCCGUGUGUCAACAAGAACAUUUCUGACAUCAAUGGCACCUGUUAUUUCCCGCGAUCCAGGUGUCUUCAUGAAAGCAGUGGCUUCUGUAUGUCAGCUGGAGUCAACUGGGGGACGAAGCUUUAUUGUGCUAUCUAAAGAUAAAGACAGAGAGAAAGAAAAAGAGAAGUUAAAAACGUCUGGUGGUGAGCCUGCAGCAUCUGCAAAUGAGUGCGUAAGGAUUACUGAAAAUAAAGCACCUGAUGUGUCUAGUAAGUACCCCAAAGGCCACAAGAAGGUUUCAGCAAAUCUCACCCAGGUGAUCGAUUAUCUUCUUGAAAUUGUAUCAAUAUAUCCUGCAUGCAAUGGUGAAGAUGAUUGCACAGGCCAACCAAGUGCUAUGGAGAUUGAUGAACCAACUAACAAAAUGAAGGGUAAGUCAAAGGUGGAUGAGACAAUAAAGAUAGGAUCAGACAAUAUAUCAGGGAAAUCUGAAUCCCUAGCUAAGGUGACAUUUGUUCUGAAGCUAUUGAGUGAUAUUCUGCUUAUGUAUGUUCAUGUUGUUGGUGUAAUCUUGAGACGGGAUCUAGAAAUGUCUCAGCAACGUGGUUCUAGUCAUUUUGAAUGUUCUGGACAGGGUGGCAUUGUUCAUCAUAUUUUGCAUCAUCUUGUUCCCCUCUCAACUGAUAAAUCUGCUGGCCCUGAUGAAUGGAGAGACAAGCUUUCUGAAAAAGCUUCAUGGUUUUUGGUUGUAUUGGCUGGUCGAUCAAGUGAAGGAAGAAGAAGGGUAGUGAAUGAACUUGUUAAAGCCUUGUCCUUAUUUGUAAAUCUUGAGAGCAAUUCAUCUAAAAGUAGUUUAUUGCCUGAUAAGAAAGUCCUUGCCUUUGUUGAUUUAGUAUACUCCAUUCUUUCCAAGAACUCUUCUUCUGGGAACUUGCCUGGUUCUGGUUGUUCGCCUGAGAUUGCCAAAAGCAUGAUAGAUGGAGGAAUUGUGCAUUGCCUUUCAGGCAUUCUUCAAGUAAUUGAUUUGGACCAUCCUGAUGCACCAAAAGUUGUAAAUCUCAUACUGAAGUCUUUGGAAAGCCUGACCAGAGCUGCCAAUGCUAGCGAGCAACUUUCCAGGGCUGAUACAUUGAGUAAGAAGAAAAUGAAUAAUACAAAUGAAAGGUCUGAUGUUCAGCUUGCAGGCACUGGAGCUUCUCAAGAAUUACAAUCUACUGAAGAUAGAAGCACCCAACAUGGGAUUUUGGCAACUUCUGGUUCUGAAGCACAGGAUACCUCCCAAAAUGAACAUGUACAGAAUGACAACUCAAAUGAGAAUGCUGAGCAAGAAAUGAGGGUUGAAGAGGAUCCAACUACUGAUACACCUGUGGAUCUUGGGGUAGAUUAUAUGCGUGAAGAUAUGGAAGAAAGUGGUGCCCUACCGAACUCGGAACAAAUUGAGAUGGCUUUUCAUGUAGAAAAUAGGGUAGAUGAUGAUAUGAAUGAAGAGGAUGACAUGGGUGAUGAUGGUGAGGAUGAUGAUGAUGGCGAGGAUGAGGAUGAAGAUAUAGCUGAGGAUGGCACUGGUUUAAUGUCUUUAGCUGAUACAGAUGUGGAAGAUCAUGAGGAUACUGGGUUGGGAGAUGAGUAUAAUGAAGACAUGAUUGAUGAAGAAGAUGAUGAUUUUCGUGAAAACCGUGUGAUUGAGGUUAGAUGGAGGGAAGCCCUUGAUGGGUUGGAUCAUUUGCAGGUUCUUGGACAGCCUGGAGCUGGUGGAGGGCUAAUUGAUGUCUCUGCAGAAGCCUUUGAAGGGGUGAAUGUUGAUGAUUUCUUUGGAAUUCGUAGACCUUUUGGAUUUGAACGUAGACGUCAGGCUAAUAGAAGUUCCUAUGAGCGAUCAGGAUUAGAAGGAAAUACUCUUCAGCAUCCUCUCCUUUUGAGACCAUCCAAUUCUGGUGAUUUAGUUUCUAUAUGGUCGUCUGCUGGGAAUUCAUCCAGGGAUUCAGAAGGCCUUUCUGGUAACCUUGAUGUAGCGCAUUUUUAUAUGUUUGAUUCUCCUGUGCUUCCUUAUGACAAUGUACCUACUAAUCUGUUUGGUGAUCGGCUUGGUGGUUCUGCACCAUCUCAACUAGCUGAUUUUUCUGUUGGGUUAGAGUCCUUGCGAGGAUCAGGUCGAAGAGUCCAUGGUGAUGGACGGUGGACUGAUGAUGGCCAACCUCAGGGUGGUGGUCAAGCUGCUGCAAUUGCUCAGGCAGUAGAAGAACAAUUCAUAUCUGUAUUGCGAAAUGAUAGUCCUGAAAAUCCUGGCAAUUCGCAGAAUGCAGAUCUACCAGAGAAGCAGGAGGGAGAUCCUGUUGUGGAUGCUAGUAAUCAACUGCCAGCAGGGACCACUGGUACUCAACUAAAUGAUGAUAGACAUACUAAUACUGAUCAUGAAGGCAAUCAACCAACACAAGAUGUUGAUGAUCAAGCUGGCGAAGGUGAGGAGCAAGCAAUGGAAGACAUGACAAUUGAGGUUGGUAAUGAUAGCAUGGAAACAGCAGAUGCAAGUGUCCCUGGCCAGUCUUUGGAGACACCAUCUGGUUCUGCUUCUCAGGAUGUUGCAACCUCUGAUGAGACUGCUCGCGGCCAUGUAGAUUCUUCUGCUAUACCAUCUCAAGGGGAGGGCUCUGAUAGACCGUUGGGGCAAAAUUUCAGUUCUAAUUCUCUUACCCCUUCGGCCUCUGGGGCUGAGAUGCUUGUUUCUGAUGAUCACCACAUUUCUUCAGUCCCAGAAGGUACUGAUGUUGAUAUGAAUGCCCCUGAAGCUGAAGGAGAUCAUAGUGACCCCACACAGUUACCUCCUCCUGAGAUUAAUCUGGAGGAGCCAUCAUCACAUCAAAAUAAUCCUUCUGAACAGGAUGCUUUGCAGACAGAUGAAGGUGUCUUGAAUAGUGAUGCUUCUAAUGCAAAUGGUAUAGACCCCACAUUUUUGGAGGCACUGCCGGAAGAUCUUCGUGCUGAGGUUCUUGCUUCACAACACUCUCAGUCCACUGCAACUCCUACUUAUGCACCGCCUACAGUUGAAGACAUUGAUCCAGAGUUUUUAGCUGCUCUUCCUCCUGAUAUUCAAGCUGAAGUUCUCGCUCAACAACGAGCUCAAAGAAUUGCUAAUCAAUCGGAGGGUCAGCCAGUUGACAUGGACAAUGCAUCAAUUAUUGCUACUUUCCCUGCUGAUCUUCGUGAAGAGGUACUUUUGACUUCUUCAGAGGCACUAUUAUCAGCACUUCCAUCUCCCUUACUUGCAGAAGCACAAAUGCUGAGAGACAGAGCAAUGAGUCAUUAUCAUGCUCGCAGCUUGUUUGGAGGUAGCCAAAGACUCGGUGGUCGAGGAAAUAGAUUGGGUUUUGAUAGACAGACAGUGAUGGAUAGGGGUGUUGGAGUCACUAUUGGAAGGAGGACUUCAUCUGCUGCAGAUAACUUGAAACUGAAAGAACUUGAUGGAGAACCACUCUUGGAUGCUAAUGGAUUAAAAGCAUUAAUUCGUUUAUUACGUCUAGCACAGCCCCUUGGGAAAGGUCUGUUGCAGAGACUUCUGUUGAACCUGUGCUCCCAUAACUGUACAAGAGCAAUUCUAGUUCGUCUUCUGCUUGAUAUGAUCAACCCUGAGACUGUAGGCACCGUUGGUGGACUGACUUCGACAAAUGCUCAGAGGCUUUAUGGUUGCCAAUCCGAUGUUGUUUAUGGCCGAUCUCAGUUGUGUGAUGGUGUUCCUCCACUGGUUUUGCGGCGGGUACUCGAGAUCCUCACCUAUCUUGCCACUAAUCAUUCUGGUGUUUCCAGCCUUCUUUUCCAUUUUGAGAGCUCUAAUGUUCCUGAAGUUACGCCCACAAACCAUUCAGAAGUCAGAAAUGAAGGUGACACCGCCAUUGAAGGACAGCAUGAUCUUGGGCGUUCUAGAGGCUUGCAGAAAGGGGAUAUUCCUUUGAUAUUGCUUCUUAAACUUUUGAGUCAGCCACUUUUCUUGCGGAGCAUUGCUCAUCUUGAGCAGGUCAUGGGCCUGCUCCAAGUGGUUGUGUAUGCUGCAGCAUCGAAGGCUGAUAUUCGGUCUAAUACUGAAGAAACUACAGCUCAAAUUGAAGCCCCAUCUGGCAAUGAAACUAGUGAUACUCAGAAAGAUCCGACUGCAGAAGGAGAACCUAAUCAAGUUGAUCAAAGUGCCAGUGGUAUAAAGUCCACAUCUGAUGUUCAAAGAAGUCUUCAGCCAUAUGAUAUCUUCUUACUGAUACCUCAAUCGGAUUUGCAUAGUCUUUGUGGUCUUCUUGGUCACGAAGGGCUUUCAGAUAAAGUUUACACACUUUCCGGAGACGUGCUGAAGAAAUUGGCCUCUACUGCUCCUGCUCAUCGUAAAUUUUUUAUUUUGGAGUUGUCAGAGUUGGCUCAGAGGCUGAGCAGCUCUGCUGUCAAUGAACUGGUAACUCUUAGGGACACACGGAUGCUUGGGUUGAGUGCCGGUUCAAUGGCAGGGGCUGCUGUUCUUCGUGUUCUGCAGAUUCUCAGCUCACUUACAUCCAUUGGGAGCGACGGUGACAAAGACAAGCUAAGUGUUGAAGAACAGGAAGAGCAUGGUACCAUGUGUAAGUUAAAUGUUUCGCUGGAGCCGCUGUGGAAAGAACUGAGUCAAUGCAUUAGUACAAUGGAAUUAGAGUUAAAUCAAAAUCAAAGUUCCUCGAACUCUUUGGCUAAUAUUGGUGAGCAGAUUCAAGGUUCUACUUCAGCGUCCACAGCUCUUCCUCCUGGAACUCAGAGGCUCCUCCCCUUUAUUGAGGGGUUUUUCGUUCUGUGUGAAAAACUACAGGCUAACAAUUUAUUAUAUCAGCAAGAUCAAUCUAAUGUGACAGCAAGAGAAGUGAAGGAGUCUUCUGGAAGUUCAGUUCCUUCUUCUAUUAAGAGUACAGAUUCCAACAGGAGAUUUGAGGGGUCCGUUACAUUUGUAAGGUUUGCAGAGAAGCAUCGUCGCCUGCUAAAUGCCUUUGUUAGGCAGAACCCAGGUUUAUUGGAAAAGUCACUCUCAAUGAUGCUGAAAGCUCCUCGAUUAAUUGAUUUUGACAACAAAAGGGCUUACUUCCGGUCCAGGAUUCGGCAACAGCAUGAUCAGCAUCUGUCAGGUCCACUUCGAAUCAGUGUUAGGAGGGCAUAUAUUUUGGAGGAUUCGUAUAACCAGCUUCGGAUGCGACCUAGUCAAGACCUUAAAGGACGUCUGAAUGUGCAUUUUCAAGGAGAAGAAGGCAUUGAUGCUGGUGGUUUGACUCGUGAAUGGUACCAACUGUUGUCAAGGGUCAUAUUUGAUAAAGGAGCUUUGCUUUUCACCACUGUUGGAAACAAUGCAACUUUUCAACCAAAUCCUAAUUCUGUAUAUCAGACAGAACAUCUCUCUUAUUUCAGAUUUGUUGGUCGUGUGGUAGCAAAAGCAUUAUUUGAUAGUCAGCUACUUGAUGUAUACUUCACCCGCUCCUUCUACAAGCAUAUUCUAGGUGUAAAGGUGACAUAUCAUGAUAUUGAAGCCGUUGAUCCCGAUUACUAUAAAAAUUUGAAGUGGAUGCUGGAGAAUGAUGUGAGUGACAUACCUGAUCUGACAUUCUCCAUGGAUGCUGAUGAAGAGAAACAUAUCCUUUAUGAAAAAACUCAGGUUACUGACUAUGAGCUUAAACCGGGAGGAAGAAAUAUAAGAGUGACAGAAGAAACAAAGCAUGAAUAUGUAGACCUUGUUGCUGAUCACAUCUUGACAAAUGCUAUCCGUCCCCAAAUUACUGCAUUCCUUGAAGGUUUCAAUGAAUUAGUUCCAAGGGAACUUAUAUCCAUUUUCAACGAUAAGGAGCUGGAGUUACUGAUCAGUGGACUUCCGGAAAUUGAUUUGGUUGAUCUGAAGGCCAACACUGAGUACACAGGCUACACUGCUGCAUCUAAUGCUGUUCAGUGGUUUUGGGAGGUGGUUGAGGGAUUUAGCAAAGAAGACAGAGCUAGAUUGCUCCAAUUUGUCACGGGAACUUCAAAGGUUCCUUUGGAAGGUUUUAGAGCGCUGCAAGGCAUAUCUGGGCCACAAAAGUUUCAGAUCCACAAGGCAUAUGGAGCUCCCGAGAGACUUCCUUCAGCUCAUACCUGCUUUAACCAACUUGACCUCCCGGAGUAUUCUAGCAAAGAACAACUUCAAGACCGCUUGCUCCUGGCGAUUCAUGAAGCUAGUGAAGGAUUCGGGUUCGGUUAAAUGAUGAUGGUUUGAUAUGGGUGUGCGUCACUGCUGCUGGCUGGACUUGCUGUGAAAAAGUGGUAUUAAAUCAUCCAUCCCAUUAACAGCUGCUGGUCUCGGCUUGGCUUGGCUUGGCUUGGCUUGGGGCACCAUGGAUUCUUGCAGCAGCAGCAGCAGCAGCAGCAGCAGAUGGUUUAUUAUUAUGCCAACCAGGCAGUGGUGAGUGUUUUCAUCCUGACCUGUGUUGUGUACAUACAAAAUCUGCUGCUGCUCUCUCUCUCUCUCUCUCUCCCUUUCUCUCUCAUACACUACUACUACUACUACUACUUUUGGUUGAAUGCUUGUUUUUUCCUUCUUUUUUUUUUCUCUUUCUGAUUUUGGGAAUGAUGAAGAAUUCUGUCUAUCUUAUCUAUCUUAUCCAUCUAGCCAUUGAUUUAUUAUUA